AUGUGCCGCUUCGUCAUCUACAAGGGUACCUCCCCCGUACAAUUAUCCCAUCUUUUGACUCGGCCGUGCCAUUCCAUCAUCAAUCAGGCAUUUGACUCCCGGCUACGCUUAGACCGCCGGAGACCCAUAAACGGAGACGGCUUUGGUGUCGGUUGGUAUGACACAGUAUACGACGAGGAGCUAGGUAGUCAGCCCUGCAUAUUCACUUCGGUGACUCCGGCAUGGAACAACGCUAAUCUUAUCCGGCUCGCCGAGAAGAUCAAAUCUCCCCUUGUAUUUGGGCACGUAAGAGCCACUACGGCUGGAUCACUAUCUCUAGAUAAUUGCCACCCAUUUGUGUUUGGAAAGAUUAUGUUCAUGCAUAACGGGGGAAUCGCAGAUUUCCAUCUCAUAAAGCGGAAGCUGCAGUCGGGCCUAUCUGACGAAGUUUUCAAUACAGUGCAGGGGAAUACAGACUCGGAAUGGGCCUUCGCACUGUUUUUGUCUAAGCUUCCCAACCCUCAUGCCAAAUCGUUCACGCCGCAGGUGCUACAGCAAGCCAUGCUCAACACGAUCUCAGCUCUUAACAGCUACGCUGAAGAGGCUGGUAUCACCGAGCCCAGCCUUAUGAACUUCUGCGUAACCGAUGGCGAAAGUGUGGUGGCCACGCGAUAUAUUUCGUCCCGCCAGGACGAAGCUGCUUCUUUGUGGUUCUCUUCUGGGACUACCUUCAGUGAAUAUAUGACGGGAGGCCAUUAUAAAAUGACCAAGGCUGAUAAGCGUGAAAACAUUAUCAUGAUUGCAAGCGAGCCGCUGACAUUCGAGAAAGCUGAUUGGAUGGAAAUACGGACGAAUAACAUGGUGGUCAUCACACCCAAGAUGAACUUUCUGCAAAUACCGAUCAUUGACAAGUUCUACGUCUCACCUUCCGAUCCGGCGGCACUUAACAGGGGAACGGACUUCGCCGCCGCCAAAGGUCUCCUCAGUCCCCGGAAUUCCCUCGCCCCCGUGCAAGGCAGAGAACCUGCACCUCAGAUAGUUAUAUAG